UCAAAGGAAGACCGCAUGCUGCAAGCGACCAAAUGGCGACACUUUGCCGCCAGCCUCGGCUCAAGCGCUUCGCAGCUUCGUCUUCGCAACUCGCAGCUUUUGCAAAGAUGCGUGAGCUCGUGCACGUGCAGGGUGGACAGUGCGGCAAUCAGAUUGGUGCCAAGUUCUGGGAGGUGAUUGCGGAUGAGCAUGGCAUCGAUCCCACAGGCACCUACCACGGAGAUUCAGACCUGCAGCUGGAACGGAUCAACGUCUACUUCAACGAGGCCACGGGUGGCCGCUACGUGCCCCGUGCCGUGCUGAUGGACCUGGAACCUGGAACCAUGGACAGCGUGCGAGCCGGGCCCUUCGGUCAGCUCUUCCGGCCGGACAACUUUGUCUUCGGACAGACCGGGGCCGGAAACAACUGGGCGAAGGGCCACUAUACGGAAGGCGCCGAGUUGAUCGACUCGGUCCUGGACGUUGUCCGCAAGGAGGCCGAGGGCUGCGAUUGCCUGCAGGGCUUUCAGCUCUGCCAUUCGCUGGGCGGCGGCACCGGCGCGGGGAUGGGCACCUUGUUGAUCUCCAAGGUUCGUGAAGAAUACCCGGAUCGAAUCAUGGAGACCUUCUCCGUGAUUCCUUCUCCAAAGGUGUCCGACACAGUCGUGGAGCCAUACAACGCCGUGUUGAGCUUCCACCAGCUGGUGGAGAACUCGGACGAGUCCUUCCUGCUGGACAACGAGGCAUUGUACGACAUUUGCUUCCGCACGCUGAAGCUGACGACGCCGACCUACGGUGACCUGAACCACCUCGUCUCGGCAGCCAUGAGCGGGGUGACGUGCUGCCUGCGCUUCCCAGGACAGCUGAACUGCGACCUGCGCAAGAUCGCGGUGAACCUCGUGCCGUUCCCGCGCUUGCACUUCUUCAUGACGGGCUUUGCCCCAUUGACCUCCCGCGGCUCGCAACAGUACCGAGCUCUGACCGUGCCCGAGCUGACGCAGCAGAUGUUUGACGCCAAGAACAUGAUGUGCGCGGCAGAUCCUCGUCACGGGCGAUACUUGACGGCCGCAGCACUGUUCCGAGGCCGCAUGUCUACAAAGGAAGUGGAUGAACAGAUGCUCAACGUGCAGAACAAGAACUCGUCCUAUUUUGUGGAAUGGAUCCCGAACAACAUCAAGGCUUCGGUGUGCGACAUCCCGCCGAAGGGCUUGAAGAUGGCUGUCGCCUUUGCCGGCAACUCCACAGCCAUUCAGGAGAUGUUCAAGAGGGUGGCCGAGUACUUCACUGCCAUGUUCCGCCGCAAGGCGUUCCUGCACUGGUACACCGGAGAGGGUAUGGAUGAGAUGGAGUUCACGGAGGCCGAGUCUAACAUGAACGACCUGGUCUCUGAGUACCAGCAGUAUCAGGAUGCCACAGCGGAGGAGGAAGGUGAAUUCGAUGAGGAGGAGGGCGAAUACGAUGGCUGAGUUUCACUUGCAUGAAUUGAGGUCGGCUUCCAGUCGUGUUGACUUUGGCAGCUCGACUGGACCCCUGUUGUUCACCCAAUUUCCCUUUUGGUUUGGUGGGUUCCCCACUACACAUGGCUAGCCCCGAA